AAAAAAAAAAUUUUCUUUCUCUUUCUCUCUUUCUUUCUCUUUCUCUUCUCAUGAAAAUGCUGUUUACCCAUAUACUUGUAUUUUCAACAUCAAUUUCCAUAAUUACUGUCUAACUAUUUAUUCUUUGAACUUUUAUCUGCUAUUUCCUGCUAUUUUCUACCUACUAAAGCUUUUUCUUUUCCCAUCUCUUUCUUCAAUUUUGGUUAUGAAGUAAUUCAAAACAAAGUCCAUUAAAUAAAUAUAUAUACACACACACAUAUACACAUAAUCCAAUUACUACCACCGAAGUAUACUUUUACUAUAAUUGCCUAUUACUAUUACUAUUACUAUUACUAUUACUAUUACUAUUACUAUUCCCAAUUAACUAAUUGGUAAUUGGCCUGUUAAAACCACCAUUCACCAUUAUUAUUCUCUUUAUUUUAUUUUAUUUUAUUUUACUUUUAACUUCUUCUAUUCAAACUCAACAUGCCCCCAGACUCUUCAAGUCCAAAGUCUCUCUCAAAUAUUAAUCUCCAAUCAGGAAUUAAUCAAAUGAAACCAAAUGUUACUUCUGACUUUACUUUGAAUUCGAUUCCUGAUAAUGAAAACGAUAAUAAUAAUAAUAAUGAUAAUAAUAAUGAUAAUGAUAAUGAUAAUGAUAAUGAUAAUGAUAAUAAUAAUAUUGAUGAUAACUAUAACGAUAAUAAUAACAAUAUGGAUGACAAUGAUAAUGACGAUACGUACAAUGAUGAUAACACUGAUUCUAUCUCUGAUAAUCAAAAUAACACAAACAAUUUACAAACCAUCAACAUACUGAACCUACCAAAUGGCAUCACUUGGAAAGACAUUAAAAACUUACUAUCAUAUGUUAUUCCUUCCUCAUCCAUUGGCUUCAUCUUCUUGAAUAAAAACUCUCCUAUUCUCAAUGCUGAUGUCCUAAUUUUUGAUAGAAAAUUGGCUUUCAAUUAUGCUUACUAUAACAUCACAAACCAAAAAUAUAUUUCCUCAAAAAACAACUCAAUUCGAAACCACUUUCUGAAAAAUAUCCUACCCAAUAACGAAAUCGAAAUCGACAACAAUUAUAACAACUUCUCUUCUACCUAUAAGCAAAAUUCCUAUCACUCAAAUCAAUUUUUCAAUAACUAUAAUUGUAAUUUUAAUUAUUCUUCAAAUGUUCCAUAUAAUAACUACCCUCCUUCUGCUCAAAAUCGACUGGCAAAUCUUCAGCGAAAUGAUUCCAAUUUUGCUAAAAAACAUCACAAUUUCAAUAACAACAACAACAACAAUAAUAAUAAUAACGGCAACAACAACAAUAGCAACAAUAACAACAACAACAACAACAACAACAAUAAUAAUAAUAAUAAUAAUAAUAAUAAUAAUAAUAACUUUCAUGCGAUUGAUAAUGACAAUAAAAACCACAAAAAACCCAUUCUCAAAACCCCAGACAAUGACAACUACUACAAUUACAACCAAUCUUACAACUACAACUACAAUCAAAAUUAUAACUAUAACUACAACUCCAAUUACAAUUACCCCUACAGCUAUAAUUACAACAACGACUCUGCGAAUAAAAACUUCAAUGACAAAAACAACAUUCCCAACAUCAAUCCUGCUAUGGUUGACAACACUACCAACAAUCCUGUAGAACUAGCCUUUUUGCCUAUUCAAUCUGCAGGCCCAAUGUUUCCUUUUGCUCCUCCAAAUGUAUAUAACUCUGUUCCAAUAUUUUCUCCAAAUGCAUCGAAUCCAAACCUAAUCUACCCUUCUAUUCCAACUUUGACCAAUUUGAAUGACAUAAAUCCUGGCUUCGAUAAUGCUGAUAACGAGUCCUUGGAAGAUAACGAUAAAAGAUUCUCAGAAAAUGACUCUCAGACUUCCAGGCUGGUUAUUCCAUCUCAGUCGCCUCAAAACACUCCAGUCGCCAACUCAAAUUCAAAACAUUUUACUGAUCCAGCCUCUUCCAAUUUAUAUGACACUGCUAUUAUGAAAAACAACGAUUCUCCUUUAAACUCGUCUCCUAAGAAUCAGUAUGGAGCCCCUUAUUAUCCACUCCCACCACAAUCGUUUUAUCCCAUUAUUCCCUAUAAAAAUUAUAUCACCCAUCCUACAAAUUUCUAUAAUAAUUCUAAUCUAUCCAAUUCAAAAACAUCGUUGCCCAUGAUAAAUCCUACUGGUCGUGUUUCAAUAUCGCGUAAUCCCUCUGAUUCAGGAGUCUCAACAUUUCCUCCUCAGGAUAUAUAUGCUAAUCGAGCCAAUCAUUCAGAUCCUUCGAUUUCCUUGAAUAAUAACUGGCCCAAUAAUUUUUAUUAUAGGAAUUAUCCAAAUAAACAUGUUCAAAACCCAAAUGCAAAUGCAAAUGCAAAUUUAAAUUUAAAUUCAAAUCCAAAUUCAAAUAUAAACUCAAAAUCAAAUCGACAUCUCUCCAAUUCAAGUAUUGAUGGAAACAAUCAGAUUUCAAAUCCAGUUAUAAGAAACCUUAGAUAUACUCCAAAUGAUUAUAAUUUUAUUUUGAAAAUUGAUGACGAUGACAAUUACACAUAUCCCAAAAAUGGAAUCAACUAUUAUGACAAUAUACAAAUGAAUAAUAAAGGGAAAAAUCGUGAUAAUUCUAAAAUGAACAAUCCCAAACUUUUCCGGAACAAUUUGGGCAAUAAUUACGAGCCUUAUAAUUUUGAAGUCAAUCGCCAUCGAAUUUUUUUUGGUAAUAUUCCAUACUCUACAACAUGGGAAGAACUAUUGGACCAUCUUAAUGCUCAUGGAUAUAAAUGUAAAGUAGAAAUCCCUUCAGUGAAUGGAAACAGUAAAGGGUUUGGAUUAAUCGAUCUUGACGAUGAAGAAGAUGGAGAUAAGCUCAUUCAAGAGUUUAACAAUUCCAUUUUCCAUGGAAGAACAGUAACUGUUCGAUACGAUAAAUAUCCCAACAUGUCUUAUAAUUUUAAGGUGAAAUGUGUUGUAAAUAAUGAAGAUGAGAUUGUUGAGAGUGUUAAUAAGUUAAGAAUAUCUGAUAAAAAGAAUAUAAAAACGUCUCGAAUUGAAGAUGAACGAGAUUUAGAAAAAGCCAGAGCUUUAGUUAAUACGGUGGAAAGUAAAAUUAAUAAUAGCCUGACAAAAUAAAAUCUAUUUUCUACUUGAAAUAUUUUUUUUAUUUUAUUCUACUAAUU